GUUGGUGGCUGGUGGCAGCAAGCAGUGCACAGGAAUUGUCCCCUGUCCUAGUGCCCCGACCCUCCCUGUCGCUGCACCCCAGCCAGGGGGUGUCCCUGGGGGACAAUGUCACCCUGCGCUGCCACCUGCCUCGGGUGCAAGCCUGGGUCCAGCUCUGGUUGAAUGGAAUUCUGAAAUCUAACAAGGAAAAAGACAAGGAGCAGGAUACAGCUGAGUUCUCCUUUGCUGUCACAAACUUGGAAGACACCGGGACGUAUCAGUGUCGGUACCAGGUGUCAGAGCCACUGUGGACAUCAGAGAGGAGUGAUCCUGUGAAGCUGGUGCUGACAGGUGCUGAGGUGUCAUCCCGUGGGAACCUGAUGGUGGCGGUGGUGAGGGACUGCACUGCUGCCCUCAUCUUCAGCCUGAGCCUCUACUUCAUCCUGGAUGCCUGCAGCCUCUGGACAUGGAGAGAUGAGAGUCCUGGUUUCACCCCCAGAAUGACCGAUCCCGUACACUUCCAGGUAAGUGCCUGAGUCAGUGGACCGCAA